ACUUGAAGAGAACACACAAAGUUGUUUGUAAAAGAGAGCACUAAGAAAACAACAAAAAGCGUUUUUCUAGUUGAUGAAUUUUCAAACAAACCAAAGAAAUUUAGUUGUAAAUUAAGAGUGCUGGAGAACGCGUGCGUGAAAAAAGUGUAACGGUCGUAUUGAAAAUAAAAAAAAAACGGAAAUUAAAAUACAAAAAGAAAAGAAACGAAACGAAUCUAAAACUAAACGAAAUAUUUUAUAAUUUUAAAGUGAUUUUGAAAAAAAAAUACUAAACUGCACCAGUAACAAAAUUAGUAUUUGUUUAAAUAUUUGUAAUAACAAAUAGAUUUAACAACAGCAAAACAAAUAAAUAUCACGUGUUGAAAUGUCGCCUGCUGAGGAAAAUUCAUAUACAACGGGUCCCAGUAAAACGGCCACUUAUACUUUGGUGGCCUUAAAACUUUUAGAAUUGUGUCUCAUCAUUUGCUGCAUUGGCUUGAUCGAUGAACCAGCCACUCACUCAUCUAUACGCACAUUUAUUACGCCUCGUGUGGUGGCCUUAUGUUAUGUGACCUUUGGCUGCCUAUUAAUUUAUACAGCCAUUUAUUUAAUUAUGGCUUUAUUUGGUGAUUUAACGCCUUGGCGCACCUCUGCUUUGUGGUCGAUUGUGGCUUUUAUUCUGUUUGUGGCCACCACCGCCUUAUUGUUCCGCGAUUGGUCUUCAACCAAGGAUUUGAACUACUGGCAUCCCAAUAUGCAGCGUUUGGAUUUGGUAUUGGGCGCUGCCUCCGUAUCCUUAGUCACUGCUCUCAUUUACAUUUUGGAUAUAUUGGCCACUUUGCGUUUUGGUUUAAGUGGUGCUUUAGAAUAGACAAAAAUUUAACGAUCAAUUUUACUCGUUUAAUCGUGUUACUGUGGCAACUCCAUUUACAAAAACAAAAACCUUAUAUUACCGUUCAUUCCAUUUCCGUCCAUUAUUGUUUAACAUGUUUAUUUAUUUAAACUAGACAACCCUGUUGUUGUGGUUGUGUGCCUUAGCUAACCGUUUAGUCUGUUCAUAACAGGUUGCUGUCUUUACUAAUGUUAACAUACAACAAUUCGAGUUUUACUUAACAUUUCGCUGUAAUAUUUACAGUGAAAUGAAUAGGUAGCAUGCUGCAUACAUAUUUUAACAUACACUUUAUUAAUAUAAGCUGUGUUUCCGUACUAAACAGUUAUACAGAUUUUAGUUGGAAUUAGUCAAUGAAUUAAUUUAAAUUCCUUUUAAAACCUUUUAUUUAUGACUAGUAUGGAAACUCAGCAAUAAUUUUAGUUUUAAAUUUCUUAAAAAAACGUUAUUUUUUACUAGCAUUGUCAUGUGUGGUGUAUUGUUUUUAUUGAUGUUAAAUUGAGCAAAAUAAUACAAAAAACAAAAUGUACAAAAAUUAUUUAACUUUAAUAUAUAUUUACAUACACAUUAAACAUAAUUAAUAUUUAAGAAAGAAAAUAAAUGUUUAUAAUUUUUAAAUAAAUUAAAUAUAUUCGUAAAUGUUUGCAUUUUUAUACCCUGCAGAAAA